CCCUUCCUCGCUCCCGGGGCUGCUCGGCCGUCGUCGGUCCCCUCCUCCUCCGAGCCCCGCCGUCUUCUUGAUUUCUUUUUUUUUUUCCCCUCCUUUUGUUUCCCCCUCCUCCCUCCCUCAGAGAAUGUCCUCCUUCCAGAUCAACCUCAACCCGCUCAAGGAGCCGCUCGGUUUCAUCAAGUUUGCCUCCAUCUUUACGUUUGCAACCUGUGGGGGUUUUAAGGGCAAAACAGAGAUUCUGGUGAAUUGUCCUCCUCAAGUUUCUGCCAAUGAGACUGUUACAGCUUCUUUUGGUUAUCCGUUCAGGUUGAAUCAGGCGUCUUUUCAGGCAGCUUCAGAUGCACAUCUGUGUAAUGUGACUUGGGGAGAGCAUGUCCUCAUAGGAGAUUACUCUUCCUCAGCACAGUUCUAUGUUACAUUCGCAGUCCUUGUGUUCUUAUACUGCAUUGGUGCCCUUGUGCUGUAUGUUGGUUACACGAACCGAUAUCGAGACAGUCGCAAACUGCCUAUGGUUGACUUCGUUUUUACCCUUAUUUUCACUUUUUUGUGGUUGGUGAGCACUUCAGCCUGGGCUAAAGCUCUUACGGAUAUUAAAAUAACCACCGGUCACAGCAUUGUUCAGGAACUUCUGCCUUGCAAAGAUCCGAAAGUGCAUUGUUACUUUGGCUCAGUAACCAGCAUGGGAUCCCUAAAUGUGUCGGUGAUCUUUGGCUUUCUGAACAUGAUCCUUUGGGGAGGAAAUGCGUGGUUUGUGUACAAGGAGACGAGUUUACAUAGCCCAUCAAAUACUUCUACUGCCCACGGCCAAGGAGGUGUUGCUCCGCCUACUGGAAUGUAGGAAGAAGUGCACUGCAGGAAUCCUGUGCCUGUGCUACGAUGUGUUGCCAACAUGUUGAGAAGCAAUAUUGGUUUCUAAUAAAAGUAAUGGCUCUUUUUCAAUAAAUUGGUGGAUUUUAAAUUUUGCUGCUUUUUUUACAUAAAGCCUGUGCCUUUCCUAGAAAUGUAAGAUGUAAAUGUAUUCUUACAUGUAAAUUUGAAAGUUCAGGGGCCUAUUAUGAGAUGAUAGACAUUUUUAAAUAAGCAGUAAAUUAUUUGCUUUCUGAAGUGUUUACACCUUAAGCCUUAGUGUAUAUCUUCAUUCAGAAAAAAAUAUAUAUUAUCAUAUAAUAGGAAGAAAAUUCUUUGGUAAAUACACUACUUUAAGUUUGUAAAGAUAUAUGCCCAGAUCUGUCUUUGUUCGAGAAAUCCUAGAUUAUAUAAGUUUUUUAUUUACAGAAAAUAUAUACUUAGUUCAAAAUUUACAUCUGAACGUUGUUCAUCUUAUUAAAAUGUAAUUGCAAAGACUGGGUAUAUGCUCUGUUUUUCUAAAUGACCUGUCAUACUUAAUAGGCAGGUAUUAAAAUUGUGUUAAGAGCAGGACUUUGUACUUUUCUAAUAGAUUGUAGUUUGUUUAGUAAUUCUGUUGCAUGAGACAGAAGCUUGCAUUACACUGGUGAUUUCAUAGAGCAUGUUUUCCUUGAGCUUCUUUGAAGUCCCCUCAUGUAUCUGUAGAAAGAACACAGUUCAUCUAGAUCCUUCUGUGUGUGGGCGUUGUUCGUGGUCACGUUUGCUAUCGUGUGUUGCCCUGCUGCGUUAGCAUAGGUUGAGACCUGGUCUCCUUGCAAGUAGAGAAAAAUAGGCCACUUUUUUGGGGGGGGGGUGGGCAAUACCCUUUUCAGAGGGUUAAAAAAUUAGGAUUAUCUUUUUUCUUUUGGCAUAUUUAGUAUUUAGAGUCGAUGAAGUUGGCUAUCUUGAGUUUAGCAUUGAUAUUGUGAAAAUAAAUGAUUCAGAUUUCAUGUUUCUUAAUGUUGUUUCUCAAUUCACAAGUGGAUGAUAAGGAAUUAUGCAUCAUAAAGGAACCUGAGCUUUAAUGUGGGCAUACUCUGCACACACAUCUAGGGAUAUGCUGAACAAGGGCUUACUCACAUUUUGCUUCCUAAUGUUCUUGUGCAAGGAUUCAGAUUUCCUAGUCUUAGAAUAUGAUUGUUUAUAUGUGAAGCAUAUCUUACUAUUGCCUUAUUUUUGUUGCUUUCGUUUGUGACAAAAUGUUGAUAUGAGGAAUGUAUAUCUUUUAUGCAACCAACUUAAUAAAAAAAAUUGAAGGAAAGAGUGCUCUCAUUGUUACAGUACAAGAAAACCUUCACUUUAAAGGCAUGUGCAGUGCAAAAUGAAACUGACUUUAAAGCAGGAAAUAGAAUCAAGUAAUGUUUUUAAGUGUUUGGCAAAGAAUAAAAAAAGUUCUUUGAUAA